AACCGCUUAAGGACCAGAAUAGGUACUUAACAUUUGAUAUUAAAGCCUAUCGAAGUACAUUGAGAUAAAUGAACUAUGUGGUUCGUAAUUUUAUUAGUGUACAUGCUGAAAGCAUCAUCUGCUGUGGAACCCUCUUGCCAGGUUUGUUCGAAGUUUGAUUACGAAAGGCUGCUUGAACGCGUGAUCCGGAAUGAGUUGACACUGAAGGACACGCUGGACAAAAUAACGAAAACAAACGCAAAAGUCGAGGAAACGUUGAAAAGAAUUGAAACAGAAAAUGCGAAACUUAACCUCGCAAUGCAAGGACUAGAGGAGAAGAAGAGGACUAUUGAUGAUAAAAUUGACGCCCUCGUUGACACUGGGGCCAAAAAUAUGUCUGAAGCAGUUGCAGAAAUGAAAACAGCCGUCCAAUCACUAGUUAAACAGACCGCGCAGGAAUGGGAUGUUAUGAAAGAAAACAGUUCGGUGCCACAUGUUAUGUUCCAUGCUCGACAAACCACUACUGGUCAACGCUCAUACACUACAAACCAGGACGUUGUGUUCCCGACAGUCCUGAUCAACGAUGGUGGAUGGUAUAGCCCUAUCACUGGGCACUUCACAGCGUCCGUUGCGGGGGUGUACAUGUUCAUGGUGCAGUUCUGUCCGUAUUUGCACAAAUGGGCCUACCUGGAAAUUGUCCAUGCAGGUAGAGCUUUACAGAGUUCAGGACACAAGGGUGAAGAUGUUAUAGUUUGUGUCAGCAUGCAGGCCUUUGCUAAGGUUGCUAUUGGAGACGAGGUCUGGGUGCGAAUUUCAGCUACUAGUGAGAUCUAUCAUGAUGACACCAGAUCGACAAGCUAUGCUGGGCUUUUGAUCAGCCUUUAAAUACUAAUGAACUGUCUACGCGUGACAAUAUAUUUCUGGCAUAUGUAAAAUAAUUAAUUCAGUUCUUUUCAGUUGCGAUAUCUAACCAUUUUUCACUUUUUAU